GAUUAACCUUUGUUUUGGGUCAAAGUUGAAAGGCUCCAGCUUCCUGGUUUCGGCGGCAAUGCGUACAAGUCUGGACGUUUUUAUGUCUAAAAGAUAGUAAAGUACUUAGAUAUAAAAGCACCACAUUUCGUACAGCAAUGAGUUUACCUCUGAACCCUAAACCCUUCCUGAAUGGCCUGACAGGCAAGCCGGUGAUGGUGAAGCUGAAGUGGGGGAUGGAGUACAAGGGCUACCUAGUGUCUGUGGACAGCUACAUGAACAUGCAGUUGGCGAACACAGAAGAGUAUGUAGACGGAGCGUUGGCUGGUCACCUUGGAGAAGUACUUGUUAGGUGCAAUAAUGUUUUAUAUAUUAGAGGAGUGGAGGAAGAAGAGGAGGACGGAGAAAUGAAAGAAUGAUGGCGAGGAUGAGACUUGCAAAUGAAGAUCUGGAUGAGUGUUGUUUGAAUCUUUUUUUUUUUCACUGUGUGGAAAAUGGACUCUUGGUAAGAAAGUUAGCUUUACAUGUGUGAAACUUUUUUUUUUACUGUUUAUGAUCCAAUAUGUAUUAUCACUGUAGAAUAAAUGUAGAAAAUGAUGGUUAUUGUACCCAUUCCUAAACCUGCUGUCUGGUGGUAUUAUUACAGGUUUGUGAGGGAGGUGA